AUGAUCCUAAUCCUUAAAAUCUUCCUGUACCUACUGUUCCCUACUACUACUACUACUACUACUACUACUACUACUACUACUACUACUACUACUACUACUACUACUACUACUACUACUACUACUACUACUACUACUACUACUACUACUACUACUACUACUACUACUACUACUACUACUACUACUACUACUACUACUACUACUACUACUACUACUACUACUACUACUACUACUACUACUACUACUACUACUACUACUACUACUACUACUACUACUACUACUACUACUACUACUACUACUACUACUACUACUACUACUACUACUACUACUACUACUACUACUACUACUACUACUACUACUACUACUACUACUACUACUACUACUACUACUACUACUACUACUACUACUACUACUACUACUACUACUACUACUACUACUACUACUACUACUACUACUACUACUACUACUACUACUACUACUACUACUACUACUACUACUACUACUACUACUACUACUACUACUACUACUACUACUACUACUACUACUACUACUACUACUACUACUACUACUACUACUACUACUACUACUACUACUACUACUACUACUACUACUACUACUACUACUACUACUACUACUACUACUACUACUACUACUACUACUACUACUACUACUACUACUACUACUACUACUACUACUACUACUACUACUACUACUACUACUACUACUACUACUACUACUACUACUACUACUACUACUACUACUACUACUACUACUACUACUACUACUACUACUACUACUACUACUACUACUACUACUACUACUACUACUACUACUACUACUACUACUACUACUACUACUACUACUACUACUACUACUACUACUACUACUACUACUACUACUACUACUACUACUACUACUACUACUACUACUACUACUACUACUACUACUACUACUACUACUACUACUACUACUACUACUAAUAAUAAUAAUAAUAAUAAUAAUAAUAAUAAUAAUAAUACUGUGGAAUUUGAUUUGAAACAAUCUAGCUUUACUAUUAUGGUUAUAAUUAUUCAAGAGUAUAUCAAAUCGAAAAAAGCCAGAACAACAAUGUUUGCCGACAAUAGAGUGAAUAAUAUUAAUUAA